AUGUUCGAAUCAAAUAACAUCAACUGUGCCAAUGUUGCAGAGCUGUUCAGUCAGUGGACCACAACAGGCCUUGUUGGCGUUUCCGGACUUCAAUGUCGUCAAUGUAACCAGGAGAAUUCUCAGAUUCAAUCGCCUGCCAUUGCCUCAAACUUGCUGCAUGAAAAGUCGAUCAUCUCGGUUAUCAACAGUACACCCCCGGCCCAUUUGUAUUUCCAGGUUGAUGUGGCGUUGAUUUCCAGCGAGGACAAGCAAAUUGAUUUCAUGGGCAACAUCAAUUGGCCAUUCAAAGUCAACUUCGCCGGGGAGGAAUACACUGCGGUUUCACGUGGAUUUUGGGGGGAUUCACACUACUGGGGGAAGGUUUUGCGGUACGUCAAUGGUGUCACUGCUGUCUGGAUGCACGACGACAGAGCAAAUGGAGGAUUUGCGCAGUUAGUGGACCGCACGCCGGGCAGCAUUAGUGGUGCACAACCGCACACGAGCUGGAUGAUUUACUCUCGACAGUGGACUCCCAAUGAGAAGGCAUUUAUUGAUACGAGCAUUGCCAACAUCCAGCGCGAUAACCCAGUAGUCAAAGCCGACAAUAUUCCUUUUGUCAAUAUGGGAGCUGUGCUCCAAGCUACAUUUGAUUCAGCUUUACCACAUCUUACACAAGGACAAGCAGCCGAUCCAAAUCCUACCAUGACAACCACUCAGUUAAAUGGUGAAAGCGGGCCUCAGGAUGGGAACAAUAGAGAUAAACCAGUCAAUUCAACUGGCGAGGGCUUGAAGAUUCGCAUUCGAAGGAUCGAUAAGAAGGCAGCUUCAAAUCCAAUGAAUUCCGUAUCGACCUCAGCCCCAUCUGUUUCUUCCAAAGCGUUGAUGUCUGCAGCGCCACCCGGGUCAACUAAACUGCCGACAGAGUCUCUUCCCUCUCUUCGUUUGGGCAGCGAGCUUCCUUUUUUGGAUGUUAAGUCCAAGAAAACAACAGGGAAGUGUGGUCGGCCAAAGGCCAGGAAACUUGCAAGCAAGACAUUCAUCCCAAAGCCUUUGACUGAUGCCGACUGGGCUCGUAUAUCAAACACCUAUUGGAAUAACCGCCGGUUGGAGAAGGAGGAGUUAGCUUCAAAUUCCAAACCUGUGGCGGCGAUUGGAUCGAGCACAAUUCAAGGGGAUUCACAAGCCCCAGAAAUACCUCAACUUCACUCUCCUCAUGGUCAACAAACAGGUAGUCAGGCUCUCCGUCGAUCUUCAAGAAAGCGCGGUUUUAAGGUGGUUCAACUUUGUAUGGGAGUCUUUGCAAGUGUGGACAUGUGCUGUGGGGGCAAGCAAUUUUACAAGGGAUUUCGCAAGGCGGGCCUUUUGCAAAGGAUGAUAAAUUGUACAAAUUUGUAA